AUGUCCAGUGACACGGCUCCCGCGCCCGUCGAAGCGACCGAACAGCCAGCGGAGCCCUCGACCACCUCUCGCCCUCCCGAAUCAUCCCUUCACUCGCGCGUUACAGUGUCGGACGGUACGGCGGCGGUGUCGCAAGUAGGCGAGGAGACUGGCGCGGGCGAUGCGGAGCCGGUCAUGCGCGAACGUGAGGGUACCGGACCUGUCUCGCUCGUUGCGCCAGUUGGGACAGACCGUCCCGUUGCAGCAGAGUCUGCGGGUGAGGUGGGGAGGCCGGCAGUGAAGGGCGAACCCGUCGAGGUUGAGCUGCUGUUGCUCUCGGGCAAGCGGAGGAGGUGGACGUUUGGGACGGAGGAGACGGUCGAGGAGGUGAAGGACCAGGUCUGGCACGAAUGGCCUGACGACUGGACGAAAGGCGACCCCGCACCUCCAUCGGUCGACGGGCUGAGGCUGUUACACCUCGGUCGUUUCCUCGACGAUACCUCGACUCUGUCCGCUGCCGGUCUCAAGCCCACGCCCGACUUCCCCGGUCCCCUCAUCGUCCACCUGCACAUCCGUACUCUCGAGCCCCCGCACCACUCGCACCACUCGCCCAAGAAGAAGAAAAAGGCACAGCAGCAACCUCCGCACGAGGAGAACCGCUCCUGCACGUGCUGCGUCAUCGCCUAG